AUGAGCUGCUGUGAUUGGCCCGGAGAGUUUGACCCGCUCCUGUCCACGCCGUCCCACCUUCCACCUAGAGCGCAGUGCUUUCCUGACUCCUACAGCAGUAUUACGUUUGAAAUUUCCGAAGGGUGCCGGGAAAACCUGAAGUCGGACACAGGCCAUCAAUCUGUAGGACUUCUGGUCAAUGACAGGACCUCAUCCGCCUCACUUGCUCGCUUCUGCCCUGAUCAAUCAAGAGAGAAGGAAAAGGACGAUGAGAACAUCUACCUUAUCGAAAACCCCCAAUAUGCAGUGCUAGAUUUGAGGUAUUUCGGCGGCGGCGAGCGGUCUGGCCGUUAUGGCAGAGGAUUGGAAUCCACUACGGUGAGCUCUGGUAGACAGAAUCAAGUAUCGGAACGUCUCGACCCAUCUCCUCAGCAGCCAGCAGCCUGGAAGUACCUAGUCAAGCGGUAUGAGCUCCAGCUUGCGCGAAAGACACGAGGUCUUGAUGUCGAACUGCUCUCUUUCAACGGCCAGCUAUACGGUAGUCUAACGGCUUGUCUAAGCGUCCAUUUUAGGAGGAAGGGCGUAGAAGGUGCUUCCUCGUCCGCUACGACAAUUUCUCUCAGCAGCUCUAGUCUCUUUCGCAGGUUACCAAUCACCUACUGCCCAGCGUUUGCCGCCGAGGACUUUUGGUGGCCAUCCCACAAGCUUUGGCGAAAAUCGGACAUGGCUCACGAUUCGUUCAAGACCACCUUCCCACUUUCCAUCUUGAAAUUUACGCAGGGUGGAGGCUUCGCGGCAUACCAUGGCCUUGGGAAACCUUAUGUGGCCGGGGCGCCUCUUGGCCAACAGGCCAGCCUUAGGUUGCGUGAGAACCUUGAUACCGAACUAGCACGAUACCUCCCAGAAAAGCACGAUAGGACGCUCAGACCGAAGGCACUCUUCCAUUUACAACCUUCAUCACUCAUUGGCUGCUCUUCUAUAAACAAAGCAUCCAUCUUCAUCCGGCAUCACUUAUCAGUCAAGCUUCGCGAUCCACACAAGCUUGUUGGCACACUCAGGAGACGCAACGAACAUCACAAGAGACUCCACUUCACAACACAUCAACCAACCACCAAAAUGAAGCCAACGACGACAAUCUUCGCCGUCCUCUCCAGCGUCUCCCUUGCAGUUGCAGGAGAACUUGGAGGACCCAAGGACGAAGAAACGCUCUCAAGGGGGCCACUUCCAAUUCACCAGCUCCCCGAAUGCUGGCAGGGUUGUCUCCAAAGCGAGAAUCACCUGUACCCCCCCAACAUCAACAAAGUCAGCGUCUACGACUUUUGUAUGGACAAGAUGUUCCACAUGCGCUUCUGGUCCCACCAUGCCCUCGCUUCAUGCACGUAUGGCGCUUGUAGCAAAGCUGAGGCCUGGGUAGCGCAAGACUGGUACUUGGAUAUCUGCCAUAUGAACUAG